AUGAAUGUCGCUACACAGAUCAGUGAGAGCCAACUAGACAGUUACGAGUGUGAUCCUGGUGAAGGCGACACCCUGGAUGAUGACCGAGGCGGUAUCUCUGCGAAUGUGCCGCCAAAGUCGACUAUUGAUUUCGAGGAACCCCAGGGCGGCGAGACGUUCACGGAAUUGGUGAUGCUGCCAGAAUUGAAUGAAUUGCACCCAGAAUGUGAUAUCGAUCAGGCCGAUGUGGGAGUCCCGGGUGAGACCUCUCCCGAAGAUGAAUCCAGUAUACGUGCGAUCCUGAAACGCCAUAGAAAGGUUUUCCUGGGUGAUGGAAAUACCGCACCUGCCCCCACUAGAGGAGUGGUGUACGACCUCGAUAUAGGAGACGCCAAACCUAUCGCGUUGCGUCCAAGGUCGAUUGGACCGCAUGUGGCAGUCAAGGUAUACGAACUCCUCAAGAAAUUGCUCGAGAACAAUCUUAUUGAACAUUCAGAAUCGCAGUGGGCGUCACCAAUCGUGAUCGUACUCAAGAAGAAUGGAGUGGAUAUCAGGAUGUGCAUUGACUAUCGACUUGUGAAUAAUUUCAUCCAGCUGUCGAGUUAUCCGCUACCUCUCAUCGACGACCUGUUAGUCAGUUUUGAGAAAGCACUCUGGUUCAUGAGCCUGGAUAUGGCCAGUGGUUUCUAG